AUGUCAUCCAGCAAAGGCUCCAUGUACUCGAUCACGCUCGACCAAGCGCGUCGAUUGGCGUUGUGGACCGAGGCGCAUCCGGCGCAUUCGUCGGGCAAGGUCAACUCGCCGGCCGAGUCGGGCUCGGGCUCGAGCAGCGACAAGGGGAUGGAUUGGAAGGAAUUGCUGCGCAAGUUUACGAAACACAACCCGCAACGACCUAGUGAGUAUGCGAUGAGUUUACUUGCGCGACCGGCCUCAGUUGUUGCGUCGACCGGCAACGUCAACCGUACGAACGUCAUCGUCAUCGUCACCCCCGUCGUGCCGCCUCGGAUGGCAGCAGCUGGACGGGACGCGUGGAGGGUACAUCAGACCCAACACAUGUACACAGUCACGAGCACAAUGUCACGAUUGUGUGCUAUGACAGUGAAUGUAAAGAGCCUGGUGCAUGGACUACAGCACGCGCCGAGUAGCAAGUGGGGACCCCUGGGUGGAGGAUUGUUCUUCAGAUGGGCGAACCUCAUUGGCUUCUUCAUCGGGUACAAUAUACGAACGAACCGCGCAUCUUUCGACGUGGGCGAUUGUUUCUCUCGACCUGCUUGCGCCGGCGAGACCGACUUCUUCAGCCCCAGUCCGAGACUCGCAGAUCCUGACUCGCCUGAACACCCCUUCCCCCCACAGUCACCGCUGCUACAGCACAAACCGACCAAUUGCUUCACUCGUUGCUCGCGCGCGCUGCAGCAGCUUCGUCCUACUCGCCCUCGACCUCGCACGCGCUCGACAACCCAGGUCAAGCCCCUGCGUGGCCCCCACUUGUCCGAAUCGACGACCGGCCCGACAUCUUGGCUUCCCUCGCCGCUCUCGAAGCCGCUCUCCGACAAAGCCAGGGUAAGGACGUCGAACGCAACUCGGCAGCCAUCGUCAGCGCGUAUGGCUUGUACUCGGUCGGAGAAUUCGAUCGCGCCGCCAAUGAGCUUAAGCAGGUCGACAAGGGGUUGCCCAGUGCGGGCGACUUUGAGGCGUACGACUUGACCCUGAGGGUACUCGCGAACGCAACCGAAGGUUAGUCUUAUCCUUUCAUCCGCUUUGUUCCAGAAAGGACGCUGAGUCGAGUUGGCUUUUGCAGGAUUCGCACUCGAGCGACUUGGAAAGGACGACGAAGCGAUCGCGGCGUACACUCGAGCCGCCAAAAUUUACGAGGAUGCGUGUGCCGUCCUGUCGGCGAGGAACUCGCCUAUGGAUGACGUCGAACUGCACGGUGUCGGCGAGGCCGCACUUUACCGUCUCUGCGUCCACUCCAAGGCCAAGAGGUGAGGAGCUCCCAUUGAUAGUGUGGUAUUGACGGACUCGGAGCUGAUUCAUGCGUUGGGAGCUUCACUCGCAGUGAUCCACGCGUCGCCUACGCUCACCAUCGCCUUUACGUUCGCCGCGCAACAACCAUCAGUGCAGCACAAAAAAACCCGUCUCGUCGCGCGCCGUCGACCGAAUUGUUCCCGGGGAGCAAAGCUCUCGUGAUUCAACGCGGGUUCCGACAUUUGAUGAAGCAGACGGGCCAGUACGAGGCGCCUUCGUCGGGGUCGUCGCAAGAGGCAAAUUUGAGAUCAUCGACGUCGUUGCCCAAGGCUGGGGAGGUCAACAAGCCUUACCUCAUGUUCUUGGAUGAGGUCGCUGAAGGAUGGCGCAGGAAUGGCGCAGGUCGAGAUGGGGCUGCUGAAGUGGUCGAGGUAAGUCGGGACACUCGGAUCUGUUAUUACUGGGACACCUUAAUCACCCAAGCGGACACAUGCAUCUCAUCCCAGGUCAUGUACAACGCUUUGACGCACACGUUCCAAUCCCAUCGACUGCUGCGCCAUCUCGCUCGAGCGCUCGUCGCCCUCGGUCAAUACGAUGAGGCCGGCAAAGCCGUUCGCCUGUACUUUGAGUUGUGGAACAAAGCGCGGGAAACGGACGCAGUCCAGGUCGCCAAGGAUAUCCGUCGUCUGCGAGGCGAGUCGGCCCCUCGACUCGAACACGACGAUGAUCGAGAGGACCGCUACGCCAACGACUUUGAUACGGAUCGCGACUUCGUCGAGACCGCUGCAUGGGGAUCGCGCUUAUUCUGCAAGUACAUCAACGACCCCAAGUUCGGUUUGGAGUUGGCCAAGAGGGCCAAGGAAAUCUUUGACGAGAAGAAGGACCGUCAACUGGCCGAGGACAAGGUCGUUUUAAGCAAGAUGGAACGAGCAUGCGGUGUCGCGCUUGGUGCUUUGACGGCCAAAGAAGCCGACGUCGAAUCGCGGCCACACCAACAUGCCGAGGCCCUGAAGCAUCUCGAAACGGCAGUUCAACUCAAUCCCAACUCAUGGGAAACGCUCUACCACCUCGCGUACCAACUCGCCGAAUUGCGUCAAAUCGACCCUGCUUUGGAUCGCGCUCGACAGGCAGCGGCACUCAACAACUCGAGCAAGGAGGUCUGGCACUUACUCGGUCUGCUCGUCGCUGCUCAAAAGGAUCUCGGUGCGGCCUUGCAAGUCAUCGAGACCUCUCUCGACGACGAUGACGAAGACGAAGCGGACGAGGCUGGGGUCAACGGGGUCCGAAACGGUCAACCCAAAUUCAACUCGAUCGAGAACGGUCUGGAUCGCUUCGAGUUUUCGAGCGAUGAUACCCAACGAUUGCAGGUCGAGUUCUCGAUGCGCAUGACGCGUAACGUCGUCAUCGAAGCAAUGGAAGGACCCGAGGCCGCUCUGAUCGAUCAGCAACAACUUCUGGCUGAUUUCUCGAAAUCGUUCGCCCAAGUCCGCGAUGCGCCUGAGCUCAAGAUCGUCGCUGACGCGUUACCGAUCGACACGUCGAACGGCGCUCCUUUGGCUCGACGAAAGAGCAUCUCGCUGGGCCGAGCGAGGAGUAUCCGAGGUAGUGUGACGGGCAACGACGAGGCCGAUUUCGUAGCCGCCCCUGCUCCGUCCGUUUCGAUGAACCCCCGAGCGACCAAGGUGCUCGUCGACAUAUGGCUCAUGUCCGCCGCUUCAUACCGACGAGCGCACAAGCUCGAAGACUCUCGAGGCGCCAUCGCCGAAGCCGAAGCUCUGAACCCUAACGAUGCCGAUGUAUGGACCCAAUUGGCCUUGUACCGUUUAGCCAAGAACGAACUGAAGGCCGCUCGAUCCUGCCUCAUCAAGGCCCUGUCAUUCCAAGCCGACCAUGUCCCCGCCGUCAUCCUCAUGGCCCGAGUCUAUCUCGCAGACCCCGUGCCUUCCUCAACGACAACAACCUCGACACCCACGGCGACUACGAACCCUAAACUUCCCUUUGCCGAAGCACUCCUCGACACCCUGACGAAACGUUACGGAUGGGACGUCCCCGAAGCGUGGUUCGAACUUUCGAAAUGCUACAAGGGGAGCGGGCGCACGGAACGAGAGAAGGAAUGCCUCGUUUGGGCUUUGCAGUUAGAAGAGACGAGAAGUAUUCGUUCGCUUUCGGCUAUACCUAGGUUGCUCUAA